AAAAGCACUUCACUUCUUUUCUUUUGCGUGUCCUAAUCAAAGAGAGAAUACAGGAUCCAAACUCAUUCUCUGCUAACUACUUCCGAUCGAAGAAAAGAAUCAUUCACCGGAGAUCUCAUCGGACGGUCACGAUGGCGCUAGAGUGGGUUGUUCUCGGUUACGCUGCCGCCGCGGAGGCGAUAAUGGUGCUGCUGCUCACGAUCCCCGGCCUCGACGGUCUCCGGAAGGGCCUCGUCGCGGUCACCAGGAACCUCCUCAAGCCGUUCCUGUCGGUGGUGCCGUUCUGUCUCUUCCUCCUGAUGGACAUUUACUGGAAGUACGAGACGCGGCCAAGCUGCGACGGUGAUUCCUGCACUCCGACGGAGCACCUCCGUCACCAGAAAUCCAUCAUGAAGAGCCAGCGCAACGCGCUCCUCAUCGCUUCCGCGCUCCUCUUCUACUGGCUUCUCUACUCCGUCACCAACCUCGUUGUCAGGAUCGAGCACCUCAACCAGCGCCUCGAACGCCUCAAGAAUCGCGACUGAACGGUUCAAUUCUCUUAUGUCCAUUCCUGAUUUUGUGUUCUCCGCCUACAGUUUUCGUUGUUAUCUUAGAAACCAUUUAAUUUUCUUGUGUUUUUGUUCUUAAUUCUGAAUCGAUGUUUGAAUGAUGACGAUUAAUCAUCGUAGCUAUGUUGUUUCUCUGCCAUUUGAAUUUGCACGAAUUGAGAUCUAGGGUUCCUUUA